AUGUCUGACCCAGCGAAAGUGGCUAUUUUGCGUGACAAUUUGCUUGAUGUAUCAAGAAUCCUAGUCAACUUAGAUCCAACCAUGCUACGGAACAUUAAUUCAAUCAUAUUUAAUGCUACAAAAAUGCUCAACGAAAUAAGUGUAUUUCUUGUUGAAUACCCCCUUGAAUUCUUGCAAAAAGAAGCCAAAAGUGGAGUUGCAGUUAAUAAAUCGGAACAGGUAGGAACAACAGAUGAAAAUGGGGUGUCAUCUAUUACAGUUGAGAAGCUUCAAAUGGUGCUGUUGAAAAUACCCCUCUUUGAUCAGUUUUUGAAUUGGAUUGACUCAAAGAAAUUACAUGCCUUGCUUCAAAAGAUUCCAACUCUUUUGGAAGUCAUAGCUACUGCGAAUCAGGAGGCGCUGGAUAAAAUUAAUUUACUUCUUCAUGAUGCUAUUGCUACAAUGAACACCGCAAAAAAAUUAAUUGUGACUAGCAUUUGUAGAAAAUUGGCUGAAGAAGGCAAGCUUCGGCUUCCACGUACAGCUGUUCGGCAUUCAAGUGCAAAUACUGGCUACGAGUGUCGAGAUGGUAUCUGCGGUUACAGGUGCUCCAACCCAUGGUGUCAUGGAUUCGGCAACACCCUCCAUCCGCAGAUGGGAGUGCAGGAGGUGUGGGGUAGUGCAGCCCAUGGAAAGCAUGCACACUCUAGAGCGAUGACAGAAUUUCUGGUGAAAGCAAGUCCCAAGGAUCUGGCAACGCUCAUUGAGUCGACACCAAACAUUGAUGAGGUGAUUACCAGCCUUGAUGGUGAGGCUAUUACAAUCCUGAUCAACAAGUUACCAAACCUCAGAAAUGUGAUGGAGAAGUUGAGGCCACAAACGAAAAUGCACAUUGUAUCGAAAUUGUGUGACAAAGUGGGAAAUGCCAUGGAGUGGGCAGGGGCAAGGCGUAAUGAUGGAAGUGGAAUGUGGAAUGAAUAUGGCAGUGUGAGGGAAGGUAUUGACGAGAUACAAGACCUAGAAGCCGAAAUGAUCAUGAUACGUGUGCCAAGCUUCGUUAGGUACGUAAUCGAGAACCCUCGAAAUCUCCCAGGUCUGCUAGCUAAUAUGAAUGCUCGGACACUUUUGUACAAUGCUGCGCAUGUGACUGAAUUUGGCGUCACCUUGCUAAACAUGAAUCGCAACAUACUGGAAGUCGUUCUUGACAAACUGCCGAACACACUCAAAUACUUGAAAGACAUGGGUACAGACGUAGUGCAAAAUGACAAUUUAAAUCCACCCAUCCCAAUGUCGGCCUACGUCUGCAUGAUUCCGACGCAAGGCCUUGUGAUAUCAAAAGACGUCUGCAAUGACGCAGAUCAGGCGUACCAGAGUAAAUAUACUGUACCAUACAAUGGUGACUUUGCCACAAUAUACUCCCUGACUUGCGUCAUGGGCGAAAUCGUGACUAGUGAUAACGAGUCGCUGUAA